AUGGCAAGAAUAUUCCAGCUUGUCCUGUCCUUCUUUUGGCUUCAGGUGAUUAGUGCGCAGUACGGCGGAGGGCAAAGCACUACCACGACUGCAGAGCCAUCCUCGACUUCCGAGUCAUCAGCAACAUCCUCUCAAUCCAGCUCAGGAUCAGUCCAGUCUGUUGAUGUGGGCGAAGAUGGUUUCACUUUUGAUCCAGAUUCUCUCACAGUUUCCGCAGGCGAUAAAGUCGAGUUUCAUUUCUACCCGGGAAAUCAUUCGGUGGCUCAGUCGUCCUUUGCCAAACCUUGUCAACCUUUGAGCGAUUCAAGUAUAUUCAGUGGAUUUGUGGCGCCUGCAAGUGGUGAAUCGAAAAUGGUCUUCACUCUGACGGUCAACAACACGGAUCCUAUCUGGCUAUACUGUGCUCAAAUUGGACACUGUCAGGCUGGCAUGGUUGCAGUGAUAAAUCCGCCUUCCAGCGGUCACGACACUCUCGCUGCAUUCAAAGCGGCGGCAGCCGGAGUAAGCGCAAGCUCUGAGCCUGCUAAUGCCCAAGGCGGGGUUUUAGGAGCACCAGGUAGUGAUUCCGCUUCCACAAGCAGCGGAUCUGCUAGCAGCUCUAGCGCAGGGGGGAAGUCUUCGAGCAGUUCAAGCCCAAGCACUUCUAGCUCGGAGACUUCCAGCUCAAGCAGCUCUAGCCCAACUACAUCCAGCACUAGCUCUUCCACCCUUGCGACAUCCACUUCUAGCUCAACCACUUCCAGCUCAGCCAGCACAUCUAUGGGAAGUUCUUCUUCAAGUGAUGCAAACGCUCUACAUGUCAAUGACGUGAGUAUUAUUUUAGUUUUCUCUAUUGCAGUAGCUAUGUUCAUGUAUUAG